AUGGGUCUGGGUGUUCUUCCUGAUCGUCACCUCUCCGAUGUCCCCGGAACAUCAUUCCUCAAUGAGAAGGGUAUUUCUUCCAGCCUCGAAACCGCUCCCGAAAAGGAUCAUUCCAACCUCAAGCAUGAUUCGACUGGCAAGAUCGUCCUUGUUCCUCAGCCUUCUGAUGACCCGAACGAUCCUUUGAACUGGCCGCGAUGGAAGAAGGAGAUGUUCACUGUCUCUAUCAUCGUGGGCUGCGGGUGCGUCGGUGCUAUAGGACCCCUUCUCGGUCCAGCAUUGGUGCCUAUCGCUGAGGAAUUCGACGUACCUCUCCAGAGGUUCAGUCUAGGCUUCACUGGAUCCCUGCUCAUUGCUUUGGCGUUCGGCAACCUUUUCUGCAACUCGUUGGCGAUGAUGAUUGGCAAGCGGCCGGUGUACCUCAUCACCACAUUGGGCCUCCUCUGCUCAACUAUAUGGACUGCCGUAGCCAAGGACUUUAUCUCGCUCGCCCUCUCUCGUGCCAUCCAGGGAUUUUGCAUGUCUCCGAUGGAAGCCCUGGUUCCUGCAUCAAUCUCGGACAUUUGGUUUGUUCACCAAAGGGGCUUUCGGAAUGCGGUUUUCAAUCUGGGUGUCCUUGGUGGCAUCAACCUUGCUUCACCUAUCGCUGGCGCUAUCAUCGACCGAUAUGGCUAUAAGACCUGCCUCUGGGCUAUGGCCGGUGCCUUUGGACUUCAGCUUAUACUCACCUUCUUCUUCAUGCCCGAGACAGCUUACAAGCGCUCAACCAAUCCAGACACCCUUGUGAGCUCUCACGUGGAGGGACAUUCUGCUGUGGACGACAAGAAGGAGUGCGUAUCAGAAGUUGAAAACAAAGCUUCAGUUUGUGACAAUGCACCCAUUCCAGAGCCUCGUUCAUUCAUCUGCAAUCUUCGACCUUGGAGCGGCUACUACGACGCGUCUGGAUUCUGGUAUAGCAUGUUUGCGCCUUUCAAGAUGCUUGGUUCUCCCGUGGUCAUUUGGGGAUGCUUCCAGUUGACCAUUUGCAUGAGCUGGCUGGUGCUCCUUGCAUCCACGGCUUCGCAAAUCUUUACUCAGCCUCCAUACAACUUCACCGUUGCCCAGGUGGGUUUGACAAACCUGUCAUCCUUCGUCGGUACCUUUAUCGCAACCGCGCUGGCCGGUAUCAUGGUGGACGGGUUGGCCACGUUUAUGGCUAGGAGAAACGAGGGAAUCUACGAGCCUGAAUUCCGUCUUCCAAUCCUCGUCCUUCUGACUACACUUGGCGGCAGUGGCUUUUUUGGCUACGGCCAGAGCCUUUCAAACGGCGAGCCUUGGCCAAUCCCUGUCAUCGUCUGCUUGGGCAUGAUCAACCUUGGAGUCCAAUUCGGCAUCGUUGGGCUUGUAUCCUAUGUCGUCGACUCGCAUCGUCGCGAGGCUGUUGAAGCAUACGCGAUGAUGAGUUUCACCAAGAAUGUCUUUGCCUUUGGCAUGAGCUUCUAUAUGAACGACUGGAUUGAGUACCAGGGCGUGAGGGAUGCCUUCUUCGUGAUUGGAGGUAUAACUAUGGCACUAAGCAUGGCUACCAUCCCCAUGUACAUCUACGGAAAGAGAGCACGAAGCUUUGCAUUUCGCCAUGGUUUUCUUCUAUAG